GGGCCGUGAGGCGGCGGCGGCGGCGCUCGGAGGGAGCGGGAGCGGCUGAGGGAGCGCGGCCGCCAUGAUCAAGAAGUUCGAUAAGAAGGACGAGGAGUCCGGUAGUGGCUCCAAUCCUUUCCAGCAUCUGGAGAAGAGUGCUGUGCUCCAGGAGGCACGGAUCUUCAAUGAGACCCCCAUAAAUCCACGGAGAUGCCUUCACAUCCUCACCAAGAUCCUUUACCUGCUGAACCAGGGCGAACACUUCGGAACCACCGAAGCCACGGAAGCUUUUUUUGCCAUGACCAGGCUGUUCCAGUCCAAUGAU